AUGGAAUCCUUACCACCCUCCCUACAAACCGAUAAAAAUAUCGCCCCAUACAUUGCUCGAGCCAAUGAGGUUGCUGGUGUCAAUCCUGCCGUAUCGUACUACUGCCUUAUCUACGUGCUUGAGUACAUUUUGAACAACAAGUUGCACACCACGUCAAAGGAAGUGGAGGCGUACACAGUGUCCUUGUUGGAUGAGACGGAAUCCUUAAAGAGCUCUGAAGAACUCAAGGAUAUACUAGGGAACAAGCAAUUGAGUCUUACAGCGGUGGUCUCGUUUGCUUACAAGCUCUUCAAUCAGUGUGUACAAGAUAAAGGUACCACCAACAAAGCUGCUUUGAUUUCGAAAAUCCGGGCCACGAUAAACUUUUUGACAAUUCUACUGGUGUUUACUAAUAAUGAAGGAAUCGAUUGGGAGAAGAUCUCGGGAGGAAAGGCCCAUACCGGAGCGGAAUUUGAUGCUAUGAACAGAAAGAAGAUUAAGAUUCUUAAAGUUCAAUUGAUGAAGGUGGUCAAACUGCAAGAUGCCGAAAUGGAGGAGGAGUUGGAGCAAAUGAUUGACAAAACCCCUGAAGAUGCCUCUGAAGCACCAGCGGAAAAUCUGACAGUUGACGAUUCGCAUGAGACUGUUGCUAAGUCAAGUGUACAACCUCCCAAAUUCAUUGACAAUGAUGAUGAUGAUAAUGAUGAUAAUGAUGAUGGCAAUCUCAAAUUACCCGACACUCCUCAGGAUAACGACGAAUCUAAGCCCUCGAUUUCAUUACCGGGAGCUCCACGCAAUAAUCCCGACGAAAGUGAGAACUCACCCCAUCUUCCCCUGGCUCCCGACUAUUUACCGGACGAAGAGAUUCCCGCCCCGAAGUCUCUGGCAAUCCAUGUUAUUCACAGAGAGUCUCCGAAACCUUCACGCCCAGAGGCUGAGCGUCGACCGCUGUUUGUUCCCCUGCCGGCACCCCUGGCGCCACCAGUGACGAAAGAGACGGUGCAGACCAUUGUGGACCGAACCGAGGCGUUGGCGUCAAUCCAAAAGCAUGCCAAGUUCGCUAUUUCGGCAUUGAACUAUGAGGAUACCGAUACAGCCAAGCGUGAGUUAGAGGAGGCAUUGGCGAAGUUGAAUGCUUUGUGA